AUGCCGACACUGACGCUCAUCUUACCGAAAAUUACUAACGAUCUUCCAACCUCCGAUGUACCGACAUCUUCAUGGCCACAUUGUGUGGAUAUGCCAUUAGCCGAUCGGCAUUAUUCCAAGCCCGGGCCAAUAGACAUUUUAAUUGGAAUGGAUAAAAUGGCCAAAUCUCUGCUACACGGACUUCGAAAGGGUGAACGGGGUACACCAAUUGCACAAAACACUUUUUGGGAAGUCGAAGAGUUACCUGCCCGCAAAUUCCUUUCACCUGAAGAAUCUAUGUGUGAGGAACUAUACGACGAUACAACCGAACGUGCAUCGGUACCAUUGAAGAAAAACAUCUUGAUAGGUGAAUCAAGAGGAGCAGCUAUGCGAGCAUUACUCCGCAUGGAAAAAGUAUUUGCGGCUAACGAACGACUUCACAAAGAGUAUACCAUGUUUAUGGAGGAACUCAUCUCUAUGGGACACAUGGAACCAGUAGAGAUGACAAUAGAUAAAGUUUAUUACAUGCCCCAUCAUGCGGUGGUAAAGACCACUAGUCAAACCACGAAACUGCGAGUAGUUUUCAACAUCUGGGAAUUCGUCAAUUACGCUCUCAUGAUAGGCUCACAAAUACACCGACAUCGAAAAGAUAUACCGCCAGGUUUAUGUCCCGAUUAUCAACGCAUAGUCUGGCGUUCGCAUCCAGCAUGGUCACGUAUGGAGUUGCUUCAGCAUCGCAUCUUACCGUAA